UUAAAUAAAGUAUUACGAGAGAGAGAGAAAAAACCUGCUCUCAUCCGGAAUUUUAAGGAAGCAGUUCUACGAGAAAAAUCCUAUUCAACCCAGGUUUCCUCAUCGAUUGGAUCUAGGAUAUCCAUUUCCUACUUGACAAGUACUUAUCAUAUAUGAUGUAUAUAGGCGCUCCUAUAGGCUAUAGUUUCUAAAUUAUUCUUCCGAAAGCUUUUGCUUUUCUUCGUGGGUGUUCUCUACCUUCAACUUUUUCGCUAGUUUUGAUCUGUUUCUACUUAUCCUCUAUCUGCUGGGAACUGAUUAUCCACAGCUGCAGAUUUUGAGAAUUGGGUUUGCUUCAGGUUUUUUCAAAAGAGGUUAACUAUUAGAGAAGGUGAUCGAGUAGACCUUUGAAUUGUUAUACACAGACAAGGAUGGAAUUGGUUCAUCCGUCUUUUCGAAUGUUUCUGGAGCAUAUAUGCAAAAUCUGCAAACUUGGAUUGAUGUUGUUACUCAUCAUCUUUGUUAGAAUGAUUCCUGAGGAGAGGAAGAUUAAAUGCGCUAAACUUCUCAGAAGAAUUUUUGAAGUUCUUUUUACACACUACCGCUUGUCAAGAAUGACGUUAUUUCACAUUCUAAAUUUUAUUGAACGCAAGCUCACUAUUUCCAUUAGAAGGGUGCGAGAGUACACACAAAAAUAUCAUUCUGAAUGCGAAGAAGAUACCAGCAGGUGGUCCAAUGAACUCCCAGAAGAUAUCAUGCAAAAUGUUCUACAACGGUUAUGCCUAUCAGAUUUCUUUCGGUGCUGUGCAGUAUGCGUUUCAUGGCAAGCCAAUGUUGAUAUGGCAAUUUCCAGCAAGUCUUUUCGUCCUAUUCCCGAACUUCCGUGGCUUAUGCUCUGUUCUCAUCCCUUCUCCACGAAAGAUAAUUGCUUUCUGAGUCUAACUGAUGACCAGAAAUUUAUUUGCAAGUCAGCUCCUACAUAUACUAUGAAGAGGGGGGAUUGUGUUGGGUCAAUAGAUGGGUGGUUGAUCAUGGCUGAUAGUGUUUUAUGGCGUCCUGAGGGUUUUAUGAAACCCUGGUCAUUCUACUUGUAUAAUCAUCAGAGCAGUACUUUUAGUAUCAACUUUUUCUUCUUAAAUCCAUUAUCAGGUGCUCGAGUGAUGCUCCCAUCAUCAAAAUCCACCCUUCCAUGUCACUGCAGCAAUGGACCUGGCUUCUCCAUUGUAAAAGUAGCUGCGUCAUCAGUACCAACAAGCCAGGACUGUUAUGUCGUUAGCCUUUGCAUAAGUGGUCAUUUGGCUUUCGGUAGGCCCAACGAUAAAUCAUGGACUCUCAUUGAUCAGGCAGAAGCUAGAGGGCUUAUUUUUUGUGAUAUAGAAAUAAUUGAUGGGAAAAUAUAUGCUGCAACUACGGAGGCAUCCAAGUUUUUAAUGGUAUUUGAUGUUCAAUAUGGCAAUGGCCCUCCUAGCUGUAGGGCUGAAAGGCUGGUCAUGCUUGAGCCCAGUCCAGUUCCUAACAUGUUUCGUGAUAUUAGGAGAACAAAUGGAGUUGAAUCCCAUACAAACUUCGAAGUCAUUUCCCUAGCAAAAAAUUCUGCAUCAGAGGAGUUGUUUAUGAUAUUCUGCAGGGCUAACUUUGUUCUUGAGGUGGGUCAAUUUCCUUGGCAUGUAAUCUUUGGUGGUGAUUUUGUCAGUCCACCACAGAUUCAAGCAUUUCAAGUGUUCAAGAUGGAGUGGAAGAUUAAUGGUCCUCAGUGGGUAGAGGUUCUUGACCUCGGUGACGAGAUAUUAUUUGUGUCUCUGGGUGGUAACAAAAUGAUUUCUACCAGCAAUUGCCUUAAUUAUAAUGGUCUCAGUGAUAAAACAUUUCAAAGAAACUGCAUCUAUUUUGCUUACCAUACUCCUUGUUUAACAUUACCAUUGGAAGGGCGGAGUUUUGGGGUGUUUUCUUUGACAAAUAGGAGCAUCAAACGUGUCACUUUUGCAGAGGAACAUUCCUUUACCCAAUUAUAUUCUCGACCUGUCUGGUUCACACCAAAUCCUUGGUAGCUUAGUUCACUCAGUUUUUAUAGUAUCUUUAUGGGACGUCCUUGGGGGCUGUUGGUGUUGAUUUUAACUGAUUUUAAGACAGUAAGGUUGGCUGCCUUGUAUUAUAUGACUUUAGUUGGAUACAUUCAAUCAUACUUUGCUCAUACUUCCAUUCAUACCCAGUAUUCUUUAAUGCUAAUACAUGAUUUGUUUGGACUGGACCCAGUUUAUUUUGGCUGGUGCAUGGUUUUAUUUAUUUAUAGUUAUUUUACUUUAUUUUAUUGUGCUUCUACGAAUUCUUCUUUUUCUUUCUCACUUGAUGAUGGACUGAAUUGUAGUCUGAAAAAGUGGACAAAACUCUAAUGGGAGUUUAUGAAGCUGGUAGGUUAUAAAGCACAAGCAUGUGUUUCGCACUUCUGUAGAUGAUUUCUCUUUUGUUCUCCAUGAAAAAAGUUGGAAAAUCUCAGCAGUGCCUACCGUUCAAACAAUAUCAAUCACUUUGCAGGCAUUUCCCAAGAAAAAGUUACUUGGGUCAUGUGCUCUGCUAGACCUGUGGGAAUUCAAAUUUCAAACAUCUGUUAAUCCCAGCUUCUGAUUUCCAACAGAGUUCAUGAAUCUUUCUUUAGCGUUGCUCCACCAUGAGAAGAUCAGCAGAACAUUUUUAGUUACAAUAGCAUCUCGACAUCAUGCUAAUCCAUCAUUGACGCUUCGCUCACAUUCAACAGAUGAAAAAAUCACACUUUAAAGAAAAGCAGUAGAAGUAGUUGUGUCCGCUGAGUGUUGAAAGUCAAGAAAUGGAGUAUUGGAGAGAAGAUCAACUGGCUCUGUAUCAUUAAGAAUGGAUGCAAUGUUUGGAAAAUUUGAACAUGAAGGAAUUUGAUGGUAAAAGAUUUUGAAUCUUUGAAGCAUUUGUGUUGAUGCUACUUGGAGAAAGUUAUGUCUGCCCAUAUGUUGGGGAAAAAAUUGCUUACAAUUCCAAGUUGAACAAGCGAUAAUUUCGACCUGAGUUUCUACCCAGAUCAGAAGUUCAAGUUUCCGCAGGGAUCCGAGGUAGGCCCUUGAGUUGGUUGGUUGAUUGAUUUAGUGUUGAAACAAUUUCCUGUACAGUUUACAUCAAUGUACACAAAUAUUUUUUCUUCUUAUAUUCAUUUUGAAAAAUGUAAAGCGGAACUUUGGACACAGAAUCUCGAACACGGAAGCCUGAAUAAGGAAUUUGGAACCUUAUGAAUAGGUUUUCUUUUGAAUUUCGGUCUCGAGUUUGAUUAUAGACUCAAACUUGGAACCCAGACAAUAUAAUUGUUUUAGACUCAAAUU